AUUUGGGAAUAUAUUCCAUUCGGAACACAAUAACACCUUGGAGUUUUAAAGAAUGCCAGCCUUCUUAAAGACAGUGAGGGGCUCAACAUAAACAGGAAAAAGAAGCACAGCAUGAAGCUACUUGGAGGGUGUUGAUUGAAAACUUCGAUCUCCCCAGCCCAUUCAGGGUUUAUUUGACUGAUUUCUCACCUCUUCACAGAGCAUAUUUCCAUGAAGGUCCCUUUAGAUGGAAUAUAAUACUACAGAAGCCUUUUCCUCAAAAGGAUUAAUGCCUGCACUAUCAUUUCUGCAAUAAAACCGAAGACUAAGUGGUAGAAGCCACAGACACCUCCAACCUGGAUUCCACAAUCCUACGUUAAGUGCUGGAGUUUGUAUCACUCUGCUGUAGGAAAGCUUUCGCCAAUGCUUACAAGGAACUGUUUAUCCCUGCUUCUCUGGGUCCUGUUUGAUGGAGGUCUCCUAACACCACUUCAGCCUCAGCCACAGCAGACUUUAGCCACAGAGCCAAGGGAAAAUGUUAUCCACCUGCCAGGGCGGCGGUCACACUUCCAACGAGUUAAACGUGGCUGGGUAUGGAAUCAAUUUUUUGUGCUGGAGGAAUACAUGGGCUCCGAACCUCAGUAUGUGGGAAAGGUGCGUAUGUACUCCAGGUCAAGGCUACAGACGCAGAUGACCCGACCUACGGAAACAGUGCUCGGGUCGUUUACAGCAUCCUUCAGGGACAACCUUAUUUCUCUAUCGAUCCCAAGACAGGUGUUAUUAGAACAGCAUUGCCAAACAUGGACAGGGAAGUCAAAGAACAAUACCAAGUCCUCAUCCAAGCCAAAGAUAUGGGAGGACAACUGGGAGGCUUGGCUGGAACCACAAUAGUCAACAUCACCCUCACAGAUGUCAAUGACAAUCCUCCUCGAUUCCCCAAAAGCAUCUUCCAUCUGAAAGUUCCCGAAUCUUCCCCUAUUGGCUCAGCUAUCGGAAGAAUUAGAGCUGUGGAUCCUGAUUUUGGACAAAAUGCAGAGAUUGAAUACAAUAUUGUUCCAGGAGAUGGGGGAAAUUUGUUUGACAUCGUCACAGAUGAGGAGACACAAGAAGGAGUCAUCAAAUUGAAAAAG